UCAACGUCAGGUGCUCUCAGCGUGACAAGUCCUUCCCUGCUCCCACACGCCCUGUACACUACUCAAGGAUGGCUUUCAAGGCUCUUUUGACUGCAGCUCUGGUAGCCGCAAGUGAAGCCAACUCUCCUGCUCAGCAUGAAGACAUGAAGAAUGAAGGUCGCUUCUUCAUCACGGGCACUGGUAAUCCCAACCAGUCUGUGGUCGUGGGAAACGGCAGCUUCGUGUUGCUUGGCCUUCUGAUAGCAGUCAUGGUUGCAGCCCUUGUCGGUGCUGCCUUCACUGACCGUGGCAAGGAACUUAUUGGCCUGAAGACUCCGCACCUUGGCUUACCUUCGAACUUGGAGAGCUCCUACGCCGUUCACCGCGCCAUUGAGGAGAACGCCAGGAAGCACGAAUAAGUCUUUCCUCCCUACCACUCCUCCAUGACAACCCCACAGCACAACCACCGCUGCCCCGUCACCCUCACAGCCUCCAUCCCGGAUUACCCUUGGCACUGCCGAUAUCGAAGUUCUAUUUUUUACCACUUCGGUUUGAGCUUCCUUGACGUCUCUGCCCGUUCAUCUUUACCCUA